AUGGCUUCGCCUGGGCCCUUAAAAGUACAGCUAGGGGACCGUCCCAGCGAUCUGUGUGCGGGGCUGCUGCACGGCCUAGCCAACUGGCUCGGGGCGACGCCCAUCCUCGUUCGGGGGUCAGAUCGGGGGCUUCGGCGCGAGAAGGUCUUCAUGCGGGAGCUCGGGCGUGUUCUUGGCGUCGCCCCCAUCUUCCUGCAGCUGCAGGAAGACGGACGCGACGUCGCGGAAGCAGCGGCUUCGUCUGCGUUUGUGCACGUGCACUUCGUGCAGCCAGCGCUAACUCCGCUGGAAUGGGUCGUCACCGUUGACGUCUAUCUCGAGCGUGGGGACGAGGACGAGGCCUUGGCAGUGCUCAUGCACCACGAGGUGCCGGAGCUAGCAAAUGAGAUCUGGGAUGAUACGCUGCGUAUCAUCGCCCGGCACCACCAUUCCGUUCUCAUCAUGCUGAUCAUGCGAGGAUGCCUUGCCGUCGAUCAUCGGCUCCCGGUGGAAGAUUUCUCUUCCUGGCGUGCUCCGCUUCUGUCGCUGGCC